AUGGCAAUCUACGUUCGCCUGGGGUCAGUUGCAUUCAUUACAGCUGGUGUACCAUACGAGCUCUCAGUUCCACCUCUCGAGCUCUCAAAAUGUUACUAUUGCUUGUCCUCGGCAAGAGACUUCCUCAUCCGACUAGUUUCUGAGUGCCUUUCUUAUGAAAGUGCAGUCUCCCAGCAUAUCAAGGAUUUUGGAUCAGAUGAAGUUCAAAACCUGUUCGCGGCUCAAAUGCAUGCUCUUCAAUCAAAGCUUCGCGAAUGGAAACAGAACUUCAAUCAGUUUAGUAUCAAAGAAUCAAAUCCCUCGACCGACUUGGAGACGGAAUAUGAUUUAUUUCUCGACUCCUUUCAAAGUAUUGUUUAUCACGGCGAGAACGCAGUUCCAGCAACAACGGAUCUCUGUGGCUCAAACCCUCAUUUCACUUUCGAAAUCGGAGUCGUAUUCCAUUGCUCGUCACGGCAUUUUAAUGCCGAGAAUCAUCUAUUCGCUACAAGGCCCUCUCCUUACUACGAAGGUGCCCAUCAACACAAGGAUUCUAUAUGGUUAUCCAUGGGUCCGCCCUAG